CUCUCUACCUGCUGGUGUUUAUGUAUCUGCCUCUCUCUCCCGAGUCAGGCACUGAGGGCCAUUCAUCUGGGGAACAUGUUCAGCUUGAUCAAACUACGGCGCGUCUUCACUGUCCACCAGGUCCCCAAAGCAUUUCACGAGGACAGUAUCAUCUCUGGAUAUCGACACCCUCGUAGUUCGGCCACAGACUGUGUGUUGAGUCUUUUUCAGCUGACCAAUGAGACCCUCAAUGUCUGGACACACUUUCUACCAACCUGGUAUUUUCUUUGGAAGCUGAUGACAGUGUUGUUGAUAGAGGAUGCGUGGUAUGAUGUGUAUACGUGGCCCCUGCUGGUCUUCUUGUUCUCCUGCUGCGUGUAUCCACUGGCCUCCAGCUGUGCCCACACCUUCAGUACCAUGUCUACCCGCUCUCGCCAUAUCUGUUAUUUCUUUGACUAUGGAGCACUCAGCCUGUACAGUCUCGGUUCAGCGAUCAGCUACUCUGCAUAUGUUUUUCCUGACGCAUGGGUGAACAGCACCUUUCAUUCAUACUACAUCCCUGUAGCUGUACUAAACACCAUCCUCUCAACCAGUCUGGCCUGCUACUCGAGGCUUGGCCUACCAUUCCUACACUAUAACCAUGACAUCGAUGAAAGAUUCUCCGAGAGACCGAGCCCAAGGCUGAGUAAGGUGUUGCGAAUUCUUGCCUUUGCCUACCCCUACCUGUUUGACAACAUUCCUCUGUUCUACAGGUUGUUUCUGUGUGUAGGUGAGGGUUGCACUGAUAAUGAGGCAAACUCUGUUCAUGUUCACCAUACAUUGCUUGCAUUUCUUACCGGCUUCCUGUUUGCAACCCACUUACCUGAGAGACUGGCACCUGGACGCUUUGACUACAUAGGACACAGCCAUCAGCUGUUCCACGUGUGUGCAAUAAUUGGAACACACUUCCAGAUGAAGGCCAUUGAAACUGACAUGGUGCUUAGACAGUCACAGCUGCUGGUCACUGCUCCACCUAUCACCUUUAACAACACAAUUGGAGCAGCUCUGGUCUGUGUCUGCAUCAGUUUGGGGAUCAUAUGUCUUUAUAUUCUACCUCUACUGUACAGCCACCCAGAUACACACCCAACAAAGAAUGAAGGAAAGGAGUGCAAGCACUAAACAUCACCUUGGAAUUAUAAGGUUCUAUCUGACAUUUUUGUCAAAAUUGAGUUAUUCACAUAUUCUUAUUCUGUGACAACUUAUUUACAUUAUGUGAUGUGUUUUUUAAGUUGUGUACAUUUUUGGACUUUUUAUUUAUAAAACAAAAAGUUUCUAUCUACAAAGUCAAACUAACUUGGUUCUAUAAAGUUCUAUCUGUGAGCCAAUCGGCACUUCGGAUGCUCACAAGAGGACCAAUGAGCCAAGACUGUUCAAAUUUAAAUCUAUCUAGCUAUCUAUCUAGCUAAAUGAACAUCUGCACUGGACAAAAUCUUUAGCGCUGCCUUUUAUGCUUAACUUAAGAAAAUAAUUAUUUGUGCUAAAAUAUGAAAUAAAUGUCAUAUAGAAAGCAUUAAAUUUAACUUUCUCAUACAUGUCGACACUGUUACAACACUAAUUUUUUUGUUCCCCAUAUCAUUUUUGCUAAAUGGAAUGCACAAUCUUUGAAGUUCAAUAUCUCAAACCUGCUCAGAAUGCAGAUAGAACCUUAUAAUUCCAAGGUGGCAUAAACGCUCCUUAAAACAAGGAGUCUCUGAAAGAUUGAUUGCAUUCUUGCACAAGUUACCAAAGUUAUUGUAAAAAUAUCUAGGACACUCUUGCUAGAUAUUACAUUAUAAAAAUCCCCAAGAGGGGUUUGUAUGUUUACUGAAACUAUGCAACCUGAGAUUGCAAAGAGUAAUGAAUGCGUUAAUUGCAUGAACACCACUACUCAGAGGAGAGCAAAAAAAGGCACUGAAUAUCAGAACAAUAUAAGUCAUGGGAGGAUGUCAUAGUGGUCUAAUUUUUGUGUAUAGAAACACACACACUGAAUGAAUUAACAGUCAUGAUAAGAUUUACAGUAUGAAACUUGAACAGGUAAAUGUAGAUGAAAUACAACAGAAACAUUCUAAUUUAUGUAAAUGGUUCACAAACAUAUGGUAGCCUAAUACAUGGACUCGAAUUGGUGAAUUUUUGUGAAUCGGUUCAUUUGCAUAAAUUGUCCGUCCGACUAAGCUACAUAUGAAAGAGAGGACCGGUUGGGAUGAACUGAUUCACUAGAAUGAAACAAAUUUUCUUAUGAUACAUAUGAGUGAAGACCAUUUGGAAUGAACCAAUUCCUUUAGAAUGAAUCGGACUAGGAACUAGAUGCACAAUUACCUGUGUGCAGAGUCUGCCAAAAUCCUCAGUGACAACCAUAAUAUAUCUACUUAUUUCUUUUCCUUAAAACGGCACAAUACUUUUGUGGUAUCAAAAAAAAAAAAAAAAAGUGUGUGAGGGGUAUUACAUAUUUUCAUAAAACCAGGUCACAACUUGUGUAACCAAACUGACACUAUUUAUUGUUUCCAGCAUUCUUUAUAAUAAAAUAUUUAUUUCUUAAA